AUGUUUUCUAGAAAAAUUAAUGAAAGCAUCCUGAGAAGUGAGGGAUUGGAUCUUCCGCAGAAGCAUACCGGUGAGGGACCGGAGGAUGAGAAGCCCUAUCGAAUGACGUGGUGGUGGAAUUACGUGUCGCCCAAGCACGCGGAAGGGCCACGUCCGUUAGUCGACGUGUCUUCCCCCUUUAACGCCCUUGACGAAACGCAUCAGGCGCGUCGCUUUGGCACCCAAAAGGUCGGCUUCGGGCACAUCUCGCUAAACGAGUUCAUCGGGGCCUACGAGGAGGUCCCGUACACGGAGUCGCACCACACAAGCGAGAUCGUACGGCUGUGGAUGCUCGGUCUGAACGUCUGGCAUGCUAAUUUGUUCUUUGCGAAGGCGCAAAACAGCUUCGCGCCGACCGGGAACCCGCGGACGAAGUUCGCCUGGGCGAUCGUGCUUAUGAUGGGGACGAUUCGGGUGAAUCUGGCGGGCCUUAUAGGGGUGGGGGGUUAUUUUUACUCCUACGAGUAUCUUUAUACCCACGGGCCGUGGCCUUUUCGGAUUCGCGAUCCCUCGCCGAACGCCUGGAAGCGGGCGUGGCAGGAGGGGCAGGAGUGCUACCUCGCCCGCGCGGCCGCGAGUGUGUGGCCGGCGCUCGGCUACGCCUUCUACAUGGGGCGCUGGAAGAAGUCUCUCUUUUGGUUCAGCUUCACGACCUUCGUGGGGAUGUACUAUGAGUACUCGCGGCGUAAUAUCUCUGCGGGGACGCGGUUCUUUUAUAGCUACUUGGCGGAUAGGGACCUGCAACGGCAAGCGGCGUGGGGGUCCCUAGCUCCCGAUCUGCAGCACCGCGUGGAUCCCGAUACCAAUCGCAACAACAGCGCCUCACAAUUCCGGUAUCUACGCAUUACCUCUGGUCAUCUGCAGAACACGAUCUGGGAGAAUGCGACGCAUGAAAACUUGCCCUUGUGGCGAUCGGGGAAGAAGUAUCCGAAUCCGUACUUCAACUGGCAAAAAGCUCCUCAGAAUUUUAUGGAUAAGCCUUAUAAGGUGAAAAAUGACUUGUGGGAGCUGCCAGAUGUGAUGAGUGCCAAGAUGCGUAGUGGGGCUCAAGAUUGA